AUGAAGAUCGUCGACUUCUUCUCAAAGGAGAGUGUCGAUCUCACGAAUAUCACAAACAAAGCUGGUGACUACAUCGACAAUUUCACAGAGAAGACAAAGAUGCAGUUGCAAGAGGCACUUGACACUCACAAGACACUGGCACUCUCAGUCAAUAUCCACGCGCCAGUCAUCAUCUUGCCAGAGAACGUUGCAAACAAAAACUCAAAUGCUUUGGUACUGGAUCUCGGUAACUUUAAGAUUCAGUCGGAUAUCUCCAACAAUGCAAUCAAAGGAAAGGUCGUCUCGAACACCUCGGAAGAUGAUUUCUAUGAUAAGUUCAACCUUUCACUGCAAUCGAUUCAGUUGCUACUUACCAACGAUAUUCAUUCUUGGAGCGACAAGAGAAUUCAAACCGAACAAAAGACUCAUAUUAUCAAUCAAUUCGAUGUUCAUCUCAAGAUAUUCUCUUGUAUUCAACAAGACAGUCUUACCCUGACCAAACUCAAAGUAUUUGGUGAACUUCCACAAUUGAACAUUGCUCUCUCCGAUCGUAAAUGCAAACAGUUGUUAUCAAUGGCCAGAACACUGGCUGAAGAUAUUCAAAAACCAUCUUCAUCACCAACAACGAGCAAUAAUACAGCUGCUGCAAUGGCAGCAACUGAACCAGCAAAGAAAGCAAUCAUUGAUUUAUACAGUCAUCAUGGUAAAGGUAAUCAAGAUAAAGAAUCAUCAAUUGAAUUGUUAAAGAAUCACAAAAAGUUGAGUCUUAAUUUCGAGAUGAAAUCGAUCAAUGUUACAAUCUCGAGAGAAAAUACAGACUUGAUAAGAGUUUCUGUCGAUGGUCUUGGUGUUUCAUUUGUUCAACGAACAUUCGAUGCCAUCGGUAGUGUCGAACUAAAGCGUUUCGAUAUCGAUGAUCUCUUCACUCGUAGCUCUCUAAAGAAGUUAGCAACUUCCAAUCCAUCUCAAGAUAUCGAAGGUAAAUCAAAUCAAUCAUCAUUGGUAUCAAUUAAUUUCAAACAAUAUCAAAUGAAUUCACCAGAGUAUCAAAAGAUUGAUAUGUCAUUGGAUGUAAAUUUCAAUUCUUUCUAUUUAGUUUGUAAUCCACCAACUAUUCAUCAGUUGUUGGUUAUUGUUCAGUCGUUUGCCGAUCAACCUGCAAUCUCUUUGAAACCAUCCACUGUCAAGGUGGUUGAAAAGAGAACUAGAGUCGUUAGAACUUUGAGAGCUGGUGCUGGUGGAGCAGCUCCAUCGUCACCCGUUUCCUACACUAACAACGGCACUGUCAUCUCACCGGAUCAAACAUCACCGCAACCACACACAACAGUAAAGACAAUCAAGAUCAUCAAGAAGGUGCCAAAGAAGAAACCAAUCAACGAAGGAAUCUCCUUGAAGGUCACUGCCAAUAUCAACAGUCUGGGUGUGGUGUUGAAUCAAGAGAACAAUCGUCGUCUCGGUGUAUUCUCUAUCAACAAAAUCAAUGUGAAUACAUCGAUGUACAAGGAUAACAGAAUGUCGGUGGAAGGUUCGCUCGGCUCGAUCGUGCUGGAGGACUUGACCACUCAGAGUGAUUCGCUCUACAAACAAGUCAUCUCACCACAGGAUCUAACAUCUGCAAUGCUUCAAUUCAAAUUCCAAACACAUCCUUCGAACCUUGUCAAUUAUCCAGGUUACGAUAGUUCGGUCGAUGCUCACAUCAAGUCGAUCAUCGUCAAUGCACAGGUUGGAUUCCUGUUGAAGACACAAAACUACUUCUUGGGUGGAAUGCUCGAUCCAAUCUUGAACAAACCGGUGCCACUCGUUCCAGCCACUCCUCCCUCCCCACAACCCGGUGGUGUUGGCGAAUACAGUCCACCACUCAGUCCCGAUAUGAAGUCGGUCGUUCCAAUGAAGGCAAAUGUAGCCGUAAGCCGUACCAAGAUCGAUGUCGUGAUGGAUACUCCAAUCUUUAGAGUACCGCAAGCAGCCAACUCCGGCAAUAUGAUUCAAAUGGAGCUUGGAAAGAUCGUUGUCUCCAACGACUUUGGAAAUCACAACGUCACCAAUCAGCCAGUGGACAUCAUGAGCAUCAAGUUGGAGAAGACCAACAUCACUAUCGUCGAUGGUGAGAGUCGUUCUCACUUCCUACAAGAGUUGGAUCUCAACGUUGGAAUCACCAGAUUCCUCAUUCCAAACUUCCAGAUCAAUGUUGAAGACUUGUUGAUCGAUUUGCAUAUCUCACACAUUUACUUUAUGUUGAAUCAAGAGCAAUACACAUUCUUUUUGAAGUUGGCCGACAAUGUUACCAGAGAGAUUGGCGAAGUCAAUGAAAACAAUCAGAAUAUAAACAAUCAACCUCCACCCAGCGCAGAGAUCCCCUAUUUCUCUGAGCAGGAAGUUGUCAAGUCAAUGGGAAGAGUUGUUCUCGCAUUGAAGCUCUCGCUACCAACCCUGACAUUCCGAAUCUACACACCGGAGAACGAUAUCGCUACCUUUGAAAUCAAGAAUAUCUAUAUCGAUUUCAAAUCGACCGAGAAACAAAAGACCAAGGUUCAAGUCAUCAUGGAAUCGAUUGCCCUCUCUGAUUCAAGAAAGAACUCUGAAAAUAUCUUUAAGAACCUACUUGAAAACAUUCCAAAGAAACAGGAACGUUCCAACUUCCUUCAUUUGGGAUACAUCAGAGACAACGUGUUGGGUGAUCAAUACAUCAAUGUCGAGGUCAACAAUCCAUGUUUAUUCUUGUCGCCAACACCACUAAUCUUGAUUUCCGACUUCUUCUUGAAGCCAAUCCAACAGGAGCAACAGGACAAACAAUUCAUGCUCGAAGUCGAAGAGGCAAAGGAUAUGAAGAGUCCAAGAUUCCUUGCUCAGACACGUGCUUUCAAUCCAGACUUGGUCAGAACUCCCUCCAUCACUCUGACAACCAGCAUCAACGCAGAGGUAACACUGGUGGAAAACGAAACUCAACCAAACACCCGUUGUCUUGCAGCCAAAACCAAAGUUCAUGUCUACUUCAAACGUGAUCCAAAGGGUAUGGAGAAUGCAAUCGUUUCACUCAGAAAGACAAAGUUGAAUAUCUAUCGUCCCAAUAUAGUGUCGUCCGACUUUGCCGGAUCACAAGGUUCGCGUCCCGUACAAAUAUUGAAACCGAUCGACCACAUCAAGGUUCAAUACAUCAAGGAGAACGAAACCUCUGAAUAUUGGAAACAAAAGAUCACCGUUAGCAGUUCUAUUAUCAAGUGGUAUUUCUCCUACGAGGAUAUCAAUACUAUCUUAAAGAUUGUCCAGAAUCUUAGUUUCCAACAGAACCAACCGACCAUCAAAGAUGCCAUUCAACCAUCGUCCAACAGCACCACUACAACCGCUACCGAUUUGACAUCGUCUGUCAACUCUGCAUCGAUUGCAUCCUCCUCGGAGGAACCAGAGGAGAAGAUCUACAUGAUCACAGAGACACUCCAAUUCGAAUGUCCAUCGAUGAGUGUCUUGCUCAUCAAUGAAUCAAUGGAUCUCUAUCUCCCGAUUGCUGAACUCUAUCUCGCGGAUCUCAGUGCUAAAGUAUCGAACUGGUCGUCGGAUAUCGAGUUAAAGACAUCGGUCACUUUCAAAUCCGAUUACUUCAAUGAGGGUAAUAUGAAGUUUGAACCAUUCAUUGAGGACUGGUCAUUCAAUUUCGAUGUGAAACGCAAUGGUCAAAAGACAAGAGCUACUUUCAUGGCGACAAGAGGAAUGUUGAAUGUCAAUGUGUCACAUGCAUUGAUAGAGACACUGGCAUCGACAGUGCAUCUCAUCAAGAUCAAGGAUCGCGAGAACAAUACAUCGCUUGGAAAUCGUAUCGUUUCAAACAAUGCACUUCUCUCCAAGUAUAUCAAGACUGAUCAGAAUGAUGUGGCUAGUAUAAACCAACUCAAGAAUGCCGAGAAAUAUCAUUCUCACUGGAUUCAAAACCAGACCGGUCAGGUUGUUGAGUAUUCACUUCCCAAGUUUGAAGAUUCCACUGGAACUGAACUGACAGCAUCCACCAAUUCGUUGGACAGUAUCAACACCAGACACAGCGUUGCCAACAAUCAAACAUCACCCGUUCAUAUCAAAUCAUCGAAAUCACGUGAAUCUUGCAUCGGUUUGAAAACAAAUCUCGAUAUCUUCUUGCCAAAUGGCAAGAUUGACUCGGUUUCAAUCGAUACCAUUGGCUACAGAAUCUAUACUUUGCAACCACUCAACGGUGGUUUGUCAAACAGCAAUUCCGAGCCUGUCGAUGUCAUUGUUGAGGUACGUCUCCAAAGAGAUGGUAGUAAGAUAAUUUGUGUUCGUUCUCUGGUACAAUUCGUCAAUAGCUCGGUUCAACCGAUUCAAUUCAAGUGGCAUGAGAACCAACCUGAUGAUUCAUGUGUUAUUCUCGCACACACCGAGAAAUACUCUCUACCGAUUGCCAAUGUCAAUGAGUUUAAGAAGGCAUGGUUCAGAGUGCCAGGUGCAAAACAAUGGUCCGACGCUAUCAGCCCUUCAGAGUUGACUGCAGUUUUCGAGAAGGAACGUGAAAAGGAGAAAGAAAAAGACAAGUACUCCAUUGAGAAACCAAACAGCAGAGUAUUCAAGGUUACCGACAAAUACGACAAGCCAACAUUCGUUGCCAUCUCUGUGAUCAACAGUGAGCAUCGUAUUGGUCACACCUCCACCGUUCAAUUCGGUAGAAACAAACUACAGGUCAUUUCAUUCAAUGCACCCGUCCAACUCGAGAAUCUGCUGCCAUCGCCAAUCUCUAUCAAGAUCAACAAUUCCGACCAAGGUUUCGUUAAAGUCGAAGCCGGAUGCAAAUUGGAUGUUUUCUCUUAUGCACCAGGUUCGACAAUGACAGCAACCAUCUCGGAUGUCGAGAAUUUCCACGAGACAACUCACACUUUGAUCUCUGGUGAUGCAUCAUCGCCCAACAUUGCCAAGAGCUUCAAAUUCAACUCACAAUCCAAAGAGAUGGUUUUGCAGAUCGAACGUUCUGAAGAGAUCAAGAAUAUCAGAGUGUUGUCAUUCUUCUGUCAAUAUUGGUUGGUCAACAAUACAAUGCUGCCAUUGGUUGUAAAGGGAUCGAGUGACAACGAAGAAAUCAUGAUUCCAAGUAACAAUUGCAAUGAAAUGCAUGCACCGAUUCUCUAUCACAACUCCAAUGUGCGUUUGAGAGUUAACGAAGGUGGAAAGGAUCGUAAAUACUGUGAAUCAACUCCAAUCUGCACUGUUGGUAACACUGGAACCAUUACACUCCAGGGUGUCGACCGUCUCUAUGAAUUGGCAUAUCGUGUUGAAUUCUGCCAGAAUAUGGUUACUUUUGUUCCAAAGUAUAUCAUGCAAAACAAACUCGAAUAUCCAAUUCAAGUUGCCCAGCUUGUCAAGACCGAGAAGAAAGAGGAAGUCAAGGAGAUGAUUACACUUGCACCCAACGAGUUCAAGCCAUUGCACUGGUACGAUAAAGAAGAUCGUUCAGUAUGUAUUCGUCAAGUCAACUCGACUCAGAGCUGGUCCGGUAAUUUCUAUGUCGAUACAGUCAAUGAUUUAGUCGUUAGAAUUCGUGAUAAGGAAGAAGCCAAACCUUCGACAAUGUGCCAUAUCAAUAUCAAAGAGGAGCAAGGUACUCUCUAUAUCAUGGUGCCUUUGAUCAACAAGGAGAAUCCACCUUAUCUAGUUCAAAACGACACACACUUCCCUAUAUCCUAUCACCAAAAGACAUCGCGACCAGGCCAGAAGUUUGACCAUCUCGAACCUGGACAAAUCGAUGCAUUCGCUUGGGAUGAGCCAUCCGGUGUGUACAAUCUCAUUGCCUAUGUCGAUGGUAAACCAAUCAAGAAAGAGUUGAAGCUAAACAAGAUCACUGGAUACAAGGUGACUGUCGAUCAAAUCGACAUCUACAUCACCAUCACCAUUGAGAAGUCAAGUCGUCUCGUUAAGUUCUCAACUCAUCGUAAACUCUACCGUCAGAUCAAGCACUGGAAGGAGAGUGUAAACACCAAGAUGGAGAGCAGCUCCACUGAACUACAAUUCUAUAUUAGAAUGUCUGGUGUUUCGUUAUCGAUCAUCGAUCACACACCGAAAGAACUUGCUUUGGUAACGGUAAAAGACUUCUUCCUGCAACUUCAACACUCUCAACUGACCUCCUCAGCCAACUCAUCGUCGUUGACCUCAUCAUUGUCCACCUCAAUCAAUACAAACCAACUAUCAGCAUCAACCAGCUCUCUUUCAUUGAACGACUCCUCCUCUUCAAGAAUUGUAGAAGUCCAAGAUCUCUAUCCAGUUUUCGAUUGGACACCACCACCCUCAAUGGAUACCUCUGCACUUCGUAUGGUAUACUUUGCGCUGUUGGUGCUCAACCCAAUCAAGGUGAACAUCACACUCUCACUCCAGAGAGACGGUUUGUUCAAGACCGAUCAAAAGAUUCUCUCGUCGAUCGAAGGUCUCGGAUUCACUUUGACCAAGUUGGAUCGUGCUCCCGUCACUCUCCAAGGUAUCAUGAUGGAGCAUCCAUUCUCAUCGUGGACAACCAUGGUUGACAAGCUAAAGACCACCUAUGUCACUCAAGUACUGAGACAGUUCUACAAUAUUCUUGGUUCAAUCGAUUUGAUUGGUAAUCCAGUCGGUCUGUUCAGAAACUUUGGUACUGGUGUACAAGAUUUCUUUGUUGAACCAGCUCAAGGUCUUGUCAAAUCGCCAGCUGAUUUCGGUAAGGGUCUGGCUAAAGGAACCAGCUCACUCGUCAAGAAUUCAGUGUACGGUACUUUCAAUACCAUCUCAAAGAUCACCGGAACCAUCGGUACUGGUGUUGCCACACUGUCUUUCGACGACCAGUAUCUACAGGAUCGUCUGGCAAUGGGUGGUAUCGGUUUCGGAAAGGGAUUGUUCCAGGGUAUCACAGGUAUCGUCACCAAGCCGGUGGAAGGUGCCAAGAAGGACGGUAUCGCUGGAUUUGCCAAGGGUUUGGUGCAGGGUGUCGUUGGUGUUGCCGUCAAGCCAACCACCGCCUUCAUCGAUCUCACCACCAAGGCAACCGAAGGUAUCAGAAACACUACCAAUCUCCAGGAUUUCCGUGACCGUCAGAGACCUCCACGUUGCUUCGGCGCGGACAAUGUCCUCAGACAGUACGAUGCAAUCGAAUCUGAGGGUUGGUUCCUCAUGAAGACUGCACACAAGGGUAAGCAUGCCGGUGACAACUAUAUCUGGCAUCAUGCAGUCAACGAUGAAUGUACAGUUAUCAUCUCCGACCAAAGAAUCAUCUAUACCAAGUCCAAGAAGAACUUCCUACAGAGUUCCUUCUUGUUCCAAAUCCCAUUCGGUGUCAUCAAGGAAGUCAAGCUCGUUCCAAACAACGGACUCCUACUCAAACUCAGUCCUCCACAAGAUCUCACACUUCUCGAACGUUCCGUUGGAACCAAGACAAUUCCAGUGGACGACGAUAAUAUCAACAUGAUAUUCAACAUGAAAUUAGAUCAUGCACUAAGAAUUAGAUUCAAUUCAAAUAUACUAAAUGAGAUUGAUUUGUUAAAAAAACCAUAUAAAACCAUUUAUUAUAAUAAAAAAUUUUCUUCAAUGAAAAUGCUUACAGUUAUGUAUGGAUAUGACGAUGAUGAAGAUAUCGAUUCAAAGUUAUAUGAUGAACUGACAACAACGAAACAGAAGAAAAAGAGAAAGUUCACAAAGGAUGAUGCAAUCUAUGGUGUAUUCAAUGACGAUGAUCAAGACGAACAAGAAGAAGAAAACUCAUAUCAAUCAAUAAAACAAACAAUGAAGCAUAUGUCAACGGGUAUUAAAUUCGUAUCAUCUGGUAUCUACGAUCCAAAUGCACAGAAGAAGAAUACCAACAGCAAUGCUCAAGAUAAGAAAGAUGGUGGUGACGACGAUGGUUCAAAUGACAUUGAGAAUGAAAAGAAGAAAAAAGAAAAGAAAGAGAAAAAAGAGAAAAAGAAAGAGAAAGAAAGACAACAGCAACAACAACAACAAAAGAAGAAAAUGAAAGGUGGUGCUGGUCAGACAGAUUUACAAGAUGUAAAGUACACUGGUAUCGGUUUGAAGAUGUUACAGAAGAUGGGUUACGACGGAUCGUCUGGUCUCGGUAAAGAUGGUUCCGGUAUAGUGGAACCUAUCAAGUCGUUUGCAAGACCACAGGGUGUAGGUCUUUCCUUCAUUGAGGAGCACGUCGACGAUAGAUUUCAUGAAUCGUCAUCUUCAUCUGAGGGUGAAGACAACCGUAGUGACAGUGAAUCGAGCGAAGACGAUGGAAAAGGAUGGAAGAAGAAGAGUAAGACUACUGCUGCCUCUACCAAAGUUAAAUAUGAUUUUGAUGAACAUAUUAAAGAUCAUAAACAUAAACAACAUCAUCAUAAACAUCACCAUAAUAAACAACAACAUGAUAAAUCACAACAAAAACAACAACCAUCACAGUUAAUAGUUGAUAUGAGAGGACCUACCGCUAUGUUAAAGAGUGGUGCAAGCGAAGCAGCUCUGACUAUUGAAGAUGGACCUUUGGCACAGUUGAAACACAACGUUAAACUACUCAUCAAGAUGAAGGAAUUGGAUAUUGGAAACAGCGACAAUAAACUAAAGUUUGAAAAAGAGAAACUGAAAUCAUUGACCAGCUCAAUACAAAAGAUGAAAUUAACAAUACAAUCAGAUGAAGAUCAAAUAACAAAGAUAAAGAAUAUAUUGCAAUUAAUAACUAAAGCAAAAGAACAAUUGAAUGAUAAUACUUUGGAUUUGAACUCUUUAUAUAAAACAUUUAGAAAGCUACAUAGAAAUUAUAGAAAUGAAUAUCAAAAGUUGAAACUAUAUAAUCUUGAAAAUGAAUUACUAAGACCUUUGCUGGUUAAAGAGAUUGAUAAAUGGGAUAUGGAUAGAUCACCGAAUUACAUGUUGGAUGAAAUGUUGAAAUGGAGAUCGAUAUUGGAUCCACAGUUCUCUGACAGUCAUGCGAGAAAUAAUAGUGUGGCGCAUAUGAAUCAAGGAUCGGAUGUCUAUUUCAUUCUGAUUCGUGACUUGUUCUUACCUAGAUUCAAGAGUUAUUUGCGUUCAAAGUGGUCGGUCAAAGAAGAUCCUCAUGCAGCAGUUGCGUUGGUUGGUUACUGGAGUGCAGCAUUCCCACCAAUCAUCUUUGAAACACUGUUGGAACACGCUGUUCUUCCUCGAUUGAGAUCGGCAAUCACUCAGUGGGAUCCAACUGUAGAUCCUAUUCCAAUCGAUCGUUGGUUACAUCCUUGGAUUCCUUUCAUUGGCGAACAACUAGAAUUGCUCUAUCCACAGAUCCGACAGACAUUGAUGAGUGUCUUGGUACACUGGCAGACAGGCGAUGAAUCGGCAUUGAUGUUACUUCGGCCAUGGAAAGGUGUUUUCGAAGGCAAUUCGAUGGAAUCAUUGUUGAAUAGAGCGAUCGUUCCAAAGAUGACGGAAUCUCUCAAGAACUGGACAAUUCCAAAGGUUGGAGAGUCGGUUCCACCCACCGACAAUCCAAUCCAAUAUCUAUUGGAGUGGCGAGAACUCAUGUCGAUUCCAAUGAUGAUAUCGAUUCUCAAUAAAUCGUUCUUCCCACGAUGGAUCAAUGGACUUUACAAUACACUACAAGCCAAACAGGCAGAUGACGAUCAACUUCUCGAUUGGUAUUCCGAUUGGAAAGAUCAAUUCCAAUCGAUUUGGGAGCAAACAGAGAAAGAUCAUUUGAAAUUCUAUUUCAACCAAGCUUUGGAAAUGAUUGAUAAGGCUGGUCAAGGAGAAGAAAUAUCGAUGCCAUCAAUACUGUCCAUACCGACAACAUCGACCAAACAACAACAACAAAAACAACAACCACCUGUAAAUAUAACAAAGAAAAUAACAGAGAAAUUCAACAACGUUGAGAACGAUAUUUCCUUGAAGGAGUUAUUGGAGAUGUUGGCACAGAAUCUUGGACUCUUGUUUAUACCAUCAUCACACACAGACACAGGCCAACAAAUCUAUAAAUUUGGAAGUGUAUCGAUUAUAUUGGAGAAAGGAUUGAUUAUGUUAUACGAUAGAAAUCAUUUAGAGCCAAUCAGUGUUGAAUCACUUGUAGAAAAGGUUAAAAAAUAA